GAGAGACAGACAACACAUGACAUGACACCAUAGCAGCAGAGUUUCGUUUCCAGAAGAAUCCAUUCCCUGGUCCAUGGAGACGCAAACUUUAGAGCAUCAAUAAUCACUUUUUUUCUCUUUUCAAAAUCAAACAUGCCAUCAUCUUCUUCACUUCCUCUCCGCAACUAUAACCAAUUCCCAUUCUUCCAUUUCCUUCCUACAACAACUUUCAACAAUAAUCACUUUUUUCCUCUAAUAACCAAAAAAUCACAAUCCAUGUCCUCUUCUUCUUCUAAAUCCAACAACCCCACACAACAAAAACAACAACAACCUCAAAAUCCAAACAUUGAACAAGAACAAAACCAACAACAAAACAAACUCACCCAUGUUCUCAAAUACCACAACCAAACCAAACACAAUUUCAACAACUACGCAAGAGGACCACAUGGUCUUGAUUGGGCAAACCAACCAAACCCAUUUCGCAGGUUUCUCAAUUCACCUCUUAUUCCUCUUCCCCAUUUUACCCCUCAACAAGAACAACAAUCACCCUUUUACCCUUCUCUCUUCAAUUCUCUUCCAUCUCCAAAACCCAUUUCCAAAUCCACUAUUUCUCACUUCCUCUAUCAUUCUCUUGCACUUUCAGCUUGGAAAAGUACUUCCUUUUCAACAUGGUCGUUAAGGGUUAAUCCUAGUAGUGGUAACUUGCAUCCCACGGAAGCUUAUAUCAUUGCCCCUUCUAUUGAAUCUCUUUCAGAUUCACCUUUUGUUGCUCAUUAUGCUCCAAAGGAACAUUCUUUGGAACUUAGAGCAAAAAUCCCAUCUGGGUUUUUUGAUAAAUUUUUUCCACCUAAUUCUUUUCUUGUUGGGUUUUCUUCCAUUUUUUGGCGUGAAAGUUGGAAGUAUGGUGAACGUGGUUUUCGGUAUUGUAAUCAUGAUGUUGGUCAUGCUAUUGGUGCUAUUUCAAUGGCUGCUGCUAGUCUUGGUUGGGAUGUGAAGCUUUUGGAUUCAUUAGGGUGUGAAGAGUUGAAGUUUCUUAUGGGACUUGAUGUUUUUCCUGAAUUUGAAACACCGACGAGGGCUGUUAAAGGUAAGAUUCCUGAGAUUGAGUUUGAACAUCCUGAUUGUGUUAUGCUUGUUUUUCCAAGUGGUGUUACUGGGUUUGAUUUGGAUUAUACUGAGUUGAGUAAUGCUAUAUUAGAGUUUUCGAAGUUGGAUUGGAUAGGGAAGCCUAAUUCUCUUAGCAAAGAACAUGUUUGUUGGGAUAUUAUUUAUAGAACUUCUGAGAUUGUGAAAAAGCCUUUAACUUUAGGAGAUAGGUUAGUGGUUGAUCCAUUUCAAAGUAGUGGAAUUAUUAGUGAAAGUGUUUACAAGGGUUUAACUGUGAGCGAAGUUGUUAGGAAGCGUAGAAGUGCGGUUGAUAUGGACGGAGUUACAACAAUGGAGAGGGAAACAUUUUAUCAGGUUUUGUCACAUUGUCUUCCUUCUGGCUGUGAAGCUGGAAAGAAGCAAAGGAAACAACUUUCCUUGCCGUUCCGAGCACUUCCUUGGGAUGCUGAGGUUCAUGCUGCUUUGUUUGUUCAUAGAGUGGAGGGGUUACCUCAGGGAUUAUAUUUCCUUGUGAGGAAUGACGAUCAUUAUGGCGAGUUGAAGAAAGCUAUGAAUCCUGACUUUGUCUGGACCAAACCAGAGGGUUGCCCUGAUGAUCUUCCUCUGUAUGAACUCCUUAGAUCAGAUUGUCGGCGGCUUGCCAAACAACUUUCGUGCCACCAGGACAUUGCAAGUGAUGGCUGCUUUAGCCUUGGUAUGUUGGCCCGCAUGGAGUCUACUUUGCGUGAGAAGGAUGUCUGGAUGUAUCCACGGUUAUUUUGGGAGACUGGAGUCCUUGGACAGGUGUUGUACUUGGAAUCUCAUGCAGUUGGAAUCUCAGCAACCGGAAUUGGCUGCUUCUUUGAUGACCCUGUGCAUCAGUUACUUGGGUUAAAAGGGUCUACUUUCCAGAGUCUAUAUCAUUUUACUGUUGGAGCUCCCGUCUUGGACAAGCGUAUAAUGAGUUUACCAGCCUAUCCAGGGCCCGAUGUCGAUGCUUAAUGUCACAUAAUGACACCACAUUGCCAUUCGAUGUAAGGGAGACUUACAUAACAAAUCGUCUGUCAAGUGAUCUCUCUUCAAGAACCCUUUUAUAUCGUUAUCGUUAUAACACCUUUGUAUACUUGAGUCCUCUGCUUAUUAAAUUUUAUGCACACACACACCCACACAUUUGAUAGUUUUCAUAGCGAGUUUAGUAAUAAAUUUGGAUUUUUUAGCAUAGUUAAAGGACUAGCAAAUGCCAUGAUGUAUAUAUGGGAAAUCAUACUUCUGUAUAGUUUAAGAUUAGUUGUAUUAAUUGGAUUAGUCAGCAUUAGUAAUACAAACUUUUUCAUAAUA